AUGGGGGUUUUUUACGGAAGAUCGCUUCGUUUGGCCCAGGUGGCCCUCAUUGUCGCCCCAGCCUUUAUUCUCUUUGGUUAUAACCAGGCUGGUUUAGGGCCCCUGGCUACCCUCCAGAGCUGGGUCCAUACCUUUCCUGACAUCGACACAUUAAACACCGAGGGCGCGACCAAGGAGAAAAACACCACAUCAAAGGGUGCCGUGAUUGCUUCGUUCCAGAUUGGUGCGCUGUUCGGCGCUCUGUCGUGCUCAUAUCUUGGAGAGAAGUUCGGUCGUCGAAAAACAAUUUUCCUUGGAGCCAUCCUCAGUGUUAUCGGCCAGGUCCUGCAGACAGCAUCUUACAAUAUUAUCCAGUUCACCGUUGGCCGUAUCAUCCUGGGCUUCGGUAUUGGCCAGAUGAGUGUGGCCGUGCCCGUAUGGCAGUCGGAAUGCUCUUCAGCCAAGAAUCGUGGACAACAUGUUGUCACCGACGGUAUCUUCAUAUGCCUGGGCUAUGUCCUGUGUAACUGGAUUGACUUUGGCUUGAGCAAGGCUGAUGGCACAACACAGUGGCGGGUACCACUAGCCAUCUCAUUCUUCUUUUCGGUUGUCAUGCUUGCCUCGGUUUUCUUUCUUCCGGAAUCCCCCCGUUGGCUGGUACGCGUGGGCCGCAUCGAGGAGGCGGCCAGUAGUUUGGCAGCAUACAAGGGCCUCUCUAAGGAGGAUGAGGCGAUUCAGAUGGAAGUAACGGGUAUUGAGACAUCGCUAGAGGUCACAGCGGAAUCCGUGUCGUGGAAGGAGAUGCUCUCUGGCAACGACCAGGAGCGAUUAUUCUACCGAUUCUGCCUUUGCAUGGCGCUUCAAUGUCUCCAACAGCUUUGCGGAGGAAACUUGAUUUCCGUAUAUGCCUCGACGAUUUUCAAAGAAAAUCUGGGCAUGAGCUCCGACCUAUCCAGUAUCCUGGCAGCAUGCGCAUUGACCUGGAAGUUCCUCUGCAGCUUCAUCGCCUUCUUCACCAUCGACCGACUGGGCCGCAGAAAGGUGUUCAUUAUCAGUGGAACUGGCAUGUGUUGCUGUAUGCUUGCACUCUCAGUUACCAACAGUUUCGGCGAGGGCAAUAAGUCGGCAUCCAUCGUGUCUGCUCUUUUCAUCUUCCUCUUUAACUCGUUCUAUCCGAUCGGUUUCUUGGGCGGAAACUUUCUGUACUGUACGGAGGUGGCCCCGGUGAGACUGCGCGUCGCCAUGUCGGCCAUGUCCACUGCCAACCACUGGCUUUGGAACUUCGUUGUCGUACUCGUGACCCCAGUUGCUCUCAAUACAAUCUCUUGGAGAUAUUACGUCAUCUAUACUGUCCUCUCGGGCUGUAUCCCGAUCAUGGUGUAUAUCUUCUUCCCCGAGACGAAGAACCGCAACCUGGAGUCGAUCAACCACGUUUUCCGAGAUGCGCCGACAACAUGGCACAUUGUGUCCAUGGCACGAAGCUUGCCAGAGGGAGAGACGACAGAGGUGGUGUUGGAAGGCAACAAAGAGAAAGAUUUGGAGGUCCAGCAGAUGGAGCGGGUUUAAGGUUGCUUUUAAAGCAACCCGGGUGGGCAGCCAAGCACCUUGGCUACUUGGCACGAAUGUACAAAGUAUGAUGCAUGAGAUAUUAUUAAAUUUAUGAUGAUU